UAGAGUCGAAGAUUUCCGAAUCCUGUCAGUCUUCAAAAUACAUCAAAUGGCCUAUCAUCUCUGCAUAGACGAGCCAGACACUCCUAGGCCAGCAGAGACCACCGAAGAUGAUGUCCACCUAAUUCAUGUACAAUUCCAUGGCACCGGUCGAAACGACUAUAGAGUUGAGUAUGAAAAGCACAAGAGCACCAUGCUGACAGAAUACCUGAGACAACGUGAUGGGCCUGACUUCCACGAAAAUCUCAUGAAGCUGACUUUUGAUAUCACGCCUGUCGAAGAUGCAAAUAAGUUCUGCCGAAGCGUUUUGGAAAGGGGGAUAUUUUGUCGUCGGCGCCCAUACAUCUACCUCGGUCACUCGGAUGAGCAGCUUGCCAAAAAAUCUUGUUACUUUAUUGCGGCAAAACAUGAAGAAAUCCACGACCUCUUGUCAAAGUUUGGAGACUUUUCUGGUGAGGAGAACGUGGCAAAGCGCGCCAGCAAAAUCGCCAUGCUCUUUUCACCAUUGACCGAAACUGUACAAUUGGCUGAAAAUGAUUUCAAAGUCGAACCAGAUGUGACAAGUGUAGUUUUCCCCUCGCACACUUUCACCGAUGGAUGUGGUUUCAUGUCUCCACAAUUCGCUUCCGAAGUGCAAGAAGUCUUAGGUCUUGACUUCCAGCCUAGCGCCGUCCACGUACGCUAUCGAGGCAUCGAGGGGAUGCUAAUUCUUAAAGAGGAUCUGAGUGGUAUUAAAGUGCAGUUCCACAAAUCAAUGCAAAAGUUCCUGGACCCUGAUGGGGAAAAGCCUGACGUUUUUAACAUCGUCAAUGUCAUGGGUUAUUCACGCCCAUUCAACAAUGGUUAUCUUAACUCACGGAUGAUCAUGUUGCUGGAAGAACGUGGUGUUUCUGCAAAGAGUCUUGAGGCCUUACAAGAUGGCUACUAUGAGUUACUGGAAGGCAUAAACAAAAAAACGUCUGAUUAUUUCCUAACUCUAAAGGGGGAGAUUCAUCUUUUGCAAGAAAUCCAAGAAAACGGAAUUGACGGUCGCACAAAAACGGAACUUAAGCGUUUACAGAAGCGCGAGCUGGAAGAAAUGGAGAAAGCUGGGUACACAAGAAUUCUUGUCCCCAACUCUCGAGAAGUGUAUGCUGUGUGCGAUCCUCUCAACAAGUUAAAGUACGGCGAGUGUUACUUCAAUCCCACUGUCGAUGGUGACAAGACACGAGAUUUUACUGCCGGCCAGAAGUUUGUAGUGAUGCGAAGCCAAUGUUAUCAUCCAGGAGAUGUGCGUGUGUUGAAAAUGACUAACAAAAGAAAAGGGUACGAGAAACUGAGGGAUUGUCUGGUGUUACCCGUCAAAGGUCCACGCCCCCAUGCGUUUGAAUGUUUCGGAGGUGACGUGAGUGGAAAAAAAUUCUUCGUCAGCUGGGAUGAAAACAUCCUUCCAAGUGGAAAAGAGAAACCAUGCAACUAUUCGCCCUCCGUUAAAGCUAAAAUCUCCGCAGCUGCGGCUCACUCUGUCUCCAAACUUACUUCACAACUUAAGAGAACCAACCCAAGCAAAGGAGUGGAAGACAGAAAGGAAAUGGAGCUAUAUUUUGCCACAUAUUCUGAUCAAAUAAGCAAAGAGAUCGAACAGGCGCACAUGCAAUGUGCAAAGACAUCGGGCCUCUCAUCCAAAGAAUUUCGACACCUCUGCAAGAUGUUGUACCGAGCCACCAUCCCUGGAGAGGAUCUUCAGAAUUUGCAGAAAGAGCUAAAAAGCGUGGAGCCAGAAAUACUCUCAGGAAAGAGCACAGGUCUACCAAUUGACCACGAAAUUACCGGAAACCAGUUUACAAGUUUAGCAGGAAGUUUGGAUUCAUCACUCGAUGAAGAGGAUGAUUUCGAAGAGCGGCAGUCACUCGGACACAACACCCUGUGCGCGACGACUGUAUGCGAAAGUAGCUCAGGAGAUCCCUGUCAAAGUGGUAUUAAAAUAUGGCAAAAGAUUGACAACAGAGCCAAGGAAUUUGUUCUUCGUAUGCAGCAUGAAACGAGGAAGAUCGUCGUGUAAUUUUCAGAAUAGCCGUUUAUUUGUUUUAGUAGGGUAAUCAUUACUGAGUUGACUACACAUUAUACCUUUUCUUCGCUGCGAAACAUUUGUGAGGAAAAAAAUUAA